AUGAUCCGACCCGCGAUAUCAGCACGUCUUUCAGGUCCGUCUAUUACGCCCGUGACAAGGCAUUGGACACCGAGCAGAGCAGGAAGACUUUACUCGAUCGACUCGACUUCAACCUCGACGUUUUCUUCGGCUUCCUCGUCAUCUGAUCCUUCAAGCAGCAACACCUCAUCGUCCUCACCAACCCGCUCAACCUCAGCUCCUACUCCGUUGAAGUAUGCAAGCUUCAAAGCAGACCCAUUAUUCCGUCCCACCUCCUCACGUCCGCGUCAACGCAGCUGUCUCUCACGCGCACUCUUCAUCCUAGGCUGGAUGCCCGUUGCCGCGUUCAUCACCACCUAUUUCUACUCCGUUGGCAAUGUCACCGGCGGCUCAAUGUCACCCACCCUCAAUGGAUCAUACACCACCGCCUCAGCCUCCAACUCUCCCUCAGACGUCGUUCUUCUCAACCGAACCCUCAUGUACAAUCAUAACGAACUUCGACCCGGCGACAUCGUCAUUCUCAUUUCCCCCCUCGAUCCCAAAGCUUUACUCAUGAAGCGCAUUAUCGCGUUGCCGGAAGAUACAGUACGAGUUUGGGUUCCGAGCACGGGCGGGAAUGGUGGGAAAUGGGCAAGAAUCGAGAUCCCACCCGGUCACGUAUGGGUGGAGGGAGAUGCAGCGGUUGAUAUCGUUCCUGGCUCUCUGGAACGCAUCGCUAAUCAUCCUGCCUCAUUUUCUUCGGCCCCGUUGAGGAACAAGAGUAGAGACUCAAGAGAAUUCGGACCAGUGCCAAUGGGACUCAUCACCUCUCGUAUAGAAGCCAUUCUCUGGCCGCCAAGGAGGUUCGGUUACCCAGCACCACGCCCGACUGACAACGCUGCAAAGCCAGGCCAAUACCCUCCGUCAACGUCAGUAGGAAAAGAUAGGUCGACGCAGGUGAACCCAAGUCUAGCCAGAAUAUUGAAUGAAAUGACGAGUUUGGCACCGAAAUCGAGGAUGAAGGCGCAUCCGGAAGAUAGUGUAAUUAGUCCUUAUGUUGAUUGGGUUGAUCCAACUCUGGCUAAUGCUGACGAGGGAGAGGAUGGGGUGAGGGUGGAGAGGGGUGAAUAUGAUGAGAGGAGGAAAGAUACUUGGAACCAUCUGUCGAGGGGUGGGAGGUUGGGCGAUGACGCGGACUAG